GGGAGUUCCUUUUCCGUGUUUGUGUGUGAGCUGUAGUCACAGCCGUUUGACAAUGCAGAUCUUCGUGAAGACCCUGACGGGUAAGACCAUCACCCUGGAGGUGGAGCCCAGUGACACCAUCGAGAACGUCAAGGCGAAGAUCCAGGACAAGGAGGGCAUCCCCCCUGACCAGCAGAGGUUGAUCUUUGCGGGGAAACAGCUGGAGGAUGGGCGCACCCUGUCCGACUACAACAUCCAGAAGGAGUCCACUCUGCACCUGGUCCUGCGAUUGAGGGGUGGUGGCUUAAGUUCCCCCUUUUAAGCAGUUGACAAAAUUCAUUGCACUUUUCUUUCAAUAAAGUUGUUGCAUUCCAAA